AUGGAAAUGUCUAGUGUUUAUACAGGCCUAACAAUGGCGGUGCGAUUGGCUGCCGAAGAGGACGACGAACUUUCAGAAGUCCAACCGGACGCUGUGCCACAAGAAGUCAGGGAUUGGCUUGCAUCUACGUUCACCAGACAGAUGGCUUGCACAAGGCGCAAGGGUGAGGAAAAACCCAAGUUUAAGUCGGUCGCACACGCCAUUCGCGCUGGAAUAUUCGUCGACCGCAUGUAUCGUCGUGUAAUCAACGCUCCGAUGAUGACGUUCCCACCAGACGUCAUCGAAGUAUUGAAGGACAUAAAUGAUUGGUCUUUUGACGUAUACAAACUGAACAAUUACGGAAAUGGACAACCGCUGAAAUACUUGGGAUAUGACUUGCUCAAUCGUUAUGGAAUAUUCCAAAAAUUUAAAGUGCCAUCUGUAGUAAUGGAGAACUUUUUGUGCAGAAUUGAAGAAGGAUAUUCAAGACAUAAGAAUCCGUACCAUAAUAAUUUACACGGUGCUGAUGUAGCACAAACUGUCCAUUAUAUGCUUUGUCAAACUGGACUUAUGAAUUGGCUUAGCGAUUUGGAAAUAUUCGCAAUGUUGAUUGCGGCAAUUACACAUGACUUUGAACACACUGGAACAACAAAUAACUUCCAUGUGAUGUCAGGCACAGAGAUUGCCCUAUUGUAUAAUGACCGCGCUGUGUUGGAAAACUAUCAUAUCAGUUCCACGUUCAGAAUAUUAAAAGAUGAGGACUGUAACAUUUUGCAAAAUCUUACUAAAGAAGAAUUUCGUGAGUUCCGUACACUAGUCAUAGAUAUGGUGUUAGCAACAGACAUGAGCUUCCAUUUUCAACAGUUGAAAACUAUGAAGCAACUUUUGGCAUCGCCCGAACCUACAAUCGACAAGUCCAAAGCUAUGUCAAUGGUAUUACAUUGUGCUGAUAUAUCGCAUCCCGCCAAAGAAUGGGAUUUGCACUAUAGAUGGACAAGCCAAUUGUUGGAGGAGUUCUUUUUGCAAGGUGAUAUGGAGAAAAAAUUAGGACUCCCAUUCAGUCCUCUGUGUGACAGAAACAACACACUAAUUGCUGAGUCACAAAUCGGGUUCAUUGAGUUCAUAGUUGAACCUAGUAUGACCGUGUGUAGUGACAUGUUGGAACUGAUUUUGGGUCCAAUCAAAUUGAUUAAUGCAUCCAAGACCGUUGAUACAAAUUUGGUGGUUGACGAAAAUGACGAGAAAACAGACAAUUCAAACCAAUCUGACGUAGCUAUCGCAUGCACAGCAAUGAGCUGCAGCAUCGAAGAUAGCAAAGAUAUUAAAGAAAACAAAGAUAUGAAAGGUAGUAAAGAUGUAAAGGAUACUAAAGAAACAGAAAUUAAUGAAAGUUCCAAAGAUAAAUAUGACACGCCUUCUACAAGCAAGGACACAAAACAUGAAGAAAAGUCUGACAAAGAACCAAAAGAAGAAACAAACGCUGAAGACCCCAAAUCUAGUAACAAGUUGUACAAAAUAAAAAAGCCGUGGAACGAUUGUUUGGUCAUAAACAAAAAGAAGUGGAAGGUGCAAGCAGCUAGAGAAGCAAAGCUUAGAGAGUCGAAGACGAAAUAUACAAUGCGUGACAUAAGAAUGCCACUUCCCGGUGAAAUUGUACAAGACGAAGACAAAUCGUCUUCGACAGAUGUGGAGAUCGUUGAAUAA